UUGAAGCAUCUUUAUAUGCACAUUAGACACAUUUUAUGCUUUGCUUAAGCUUUAUAGAAAUAUUCUUUCAAAAAAGAGAAUAAAAAAUAAAAAUUAUGCUAAAGUUACUUAUUCCCUCUAUAUAUUAGUAUCCCCUAAGAAUAUAGUUCAAAGAGAAAGAAAUUUUAACCAACUAGAAAAAUAAAAAUGGAAGAUUAUGAAGGGUUAGGAACAUCAUUUGUAGUUCAUUACUACAAUUUGUUUGAUAAUGAACGACCUUCUCUUAAAUCUCUUUAUCAACCAACUUCUUUGCUCACUUUUGAAGGACAAAAGUUUCAAGGUGUAGAGGAAAUCUCUAACAAGAUCAAUAGUUUGCCAUUCAAUCAAUGCCGCCAUUCGAUUAGCACCAUUGAUACUCAACCUUCUUCGAUCAAUGGAGGUAUAAUCGUCUUUGUUAGUGGCAGUUUGCAGUUGGCUGGAGAAGAACAUCAGCUACGAUUUAGCCAGAUGUUUCAUUUGAUUCCAACAACGCAAGGUAGCUACUUUGUGCAAAAUGAUAUAUUCCGUCUUAAUUACUGUUGAUUUGUUCAUGGCUUUAGCCACGAAUAAAUCUUGGUUGUAAUUGCAAACAAUAUGUAUGUGUGGAUCAGAAUUUAUGUUCUUCAUUUGGUAUUGGUAAUUUAGUUUUUAUUUGCUAGAAAGUUAUUGUAUUUUUAUGAACAAACAAGCUGAUCAAUAUGAUCAAAUCAUUGA